AUGGAGCUCGAAAUUCCCGAGGAGGAACAGGGAUGUCAGUUCAGUCCGAAACUACCCGGAUGGUCGAAAACGGGCAAGAGGACGAGGGCUCACCAGCGGUGCCCGUCCGACGACGAAUUAGCGGCAGAGGAUCUUCCACCAAAGAAGAGGAAGUUGGAUUCAGGUAAUAGUGAAAGAAAUGGGAAAGAUUUGUGUUGCAUGAAGCAGCAUAGAUGCAGCAUAUGCAGGAGGUGUUUUAGUAGCUAUCAAGCAUUGGGAGGGCACAAAGCCCACCACAACAAAGAGGGAAUUCUUGAAGCAUUGCAUCAAUGCACAUUCUGCUACAAGGUUUUCUCCAAAGGGCAAGCUCUCGGCGGCCAUAGGCGUCACUGCCAACAACCCCCAAUCCCUAAGAUGUUCAGUUUUGAUCUCAAUGAGCUCCCACCUGAAUGCUCAUUAGAAAUUAAUAAAUCUUAA